AUGUUUAGUGAUCAAAGCUUCCGUCGGCUGACCCCGCAUGAGCUUACCCCAUAUCCCUCCUCAUUCUACAGCGUCGUGACCCUGAAAUACCUUCUCAAGAACCGUGAAAUACUCGCAUCCCAUGAUGUGACUGUUGACUUCAUCCCCAUCUUCCUCGGGGGCGUAAACCACGGCUCUGGAAACAAGCCUCCCUGGAGCCUCCCCGCCAAAGCAGUCUAUGGAGCAUUCGAUGCAGCUCGCACAAAGAAGUACCACGGGAUGGAAGAGAUCGAGACGCCUGAUUUCUUCCCUCCAGUGACCCUCCUCCCACAACGUGCACUCUGCUACAUCAAAGCCAGAUUUUCUCGCUCUACCUUCGAGCAGACAUGGCAGCUGCUUAUGCGCGCCAUGUGGAUUCCUCCGCACGUCAAUAUCAGCAUCCCGGAAUCCCUCCAAGAAGUACUCCGCGGAACGAACUUGUUCAGCGAGAAGGAGGUAGAGCAAAUCAUGCAGGCCGCAGGCGAGAAAGAGUGGAAGGAUAAGCUAAUGGCGAAUACGAAGAAGGCCCUUGAUUUAGGGGCGUUUGGAGCACCGUGGUCUUGGGUUCGCAAUGCAGAGGGGAAGGAGGAGCCGUUUUUUGGCAGCGAUAGAUUCCAUUUCAUGUGGGAGUUUUUGGGCUUGCCGUGGCAGGAUAUUGCGGUGCUGCCGAAGGGUACGGAGAAAGGGCGGGCAAAGCUGUGA